CUUCACUAUAGAAGCUGCCAUCUUAUUCUGCAGCUGGUGGAAAAAAAUCAUAGUGUCUGUGUGUCUGUUGCCACCGCUGCUAAGAUGGUCGCCAAGAUCGCGGUGCGCAGUGGUUCACGGGUGUGCGGACCCAUCGAAGGCUUAAGGAACUGGGCCUGCGCAAAUGAGGUUGGGGCGCAUGCGCCAAUUAAAAUUCGUGCCCGUUCAAAGCGCAUGCGUAAAAUGUCAUCCCUGACUGAACCCUGAGGAAAGCAGUUACAGUAACGUUGUGUUAAUUAUUACCGUCUUUAUCCAGUACGAUUGUUUGCAAGCCUUCCUGAUGGCUACUUCAAUGGAUACAACUGAGAAGUUCCUCGCCACCUUCACAACCCUGGAGUUUGAGAGUUAUGAGGAUUUCAGCAGUAAAUUGGAGACGUUUCAGCAGGUAACGGGGAGCCUGUACCAGAAAGUAAGCACCCAUACGCUCAAGAGGGAGAACAAGAGACGGCGAAUCCAAGUCCCCAGCCGCUUUAAGUAUGCCUCAGUGAAGCUGCACUGUGUCCACUAUGGGCAGCCACGCAUCCGUUCCACUGGAGUGAGACCUAAUCAAAGGUAUCUCGCCAUGGGCUGCAAAGCCUUCAUCACAGUAAAGUUCGUUGGGAGCAAGAAUAGGCUGUGUGUCACUGCCUACCAUCUUGUGCAUACCGGCCAUGUCCUGGAUCCACAACGUUUACACUUCUAUGCAAGACGACGGCAACUGAACCAGGAUGAAAGGAAGAAGGUCGAAGAGUUGGUCAAGUUGCAGACUGGGAACAAGCAGCUGAAGGAUUUUAUCCAGCAGACAUUCAAUAAGACUGUAACGCUACGUGACAUCAGAAAUCUAAAGACCCAGCUCAAAGCAAGGGGUGACAGCAUGGAUUCAGUCCGUGACACAUUGGUUUUCCACAAUAAGGCCCUCGAUCAGGAAAGUUCCUAUCCGAUGUUUUUGCACAGAGCCUCUCUCAGACAUGUUGCAGAGGCACCGGCUGAUCUCCAGUCAUUCAAUGCAGGGCUCACCAGCUACACAGUGAAACUGGUGCAUCAAGAUCAUAGCCGCCUCCAUCAAGUGAGUGUCGAGCAGCAGAAUGUGACUGCACGUUCUGCUGCCAGGCAGUACACACUGAAGAUACAUGAUGGCCAACCUAUUUGCUGCUGUAAAUUCUCCAUUCAGACUUCGUUGCCCUGCAAACAUGCUAUUGCUGUGCAGAGGCAUCUCGGCUUAUCUUUGGAGCAACUCAUUCCCAACUGUCUACGGCGAGCACCUCAGUCACCCAUGGCGGCACAUAUGGCAGCUGCCAUUGCGAUUAGAGAGGACCGGCCAAGGCUCCUCAGCAUCAAUGAAAAAUACUGUUUACUUUCAGACCAGUUGCACAGUUUGGGGUGCACCAUUAUGCAGAGUGGAACAGUGAAUUUCUGGCGGCACCUGGACUGCCUAGAUCGUCAGAUUCAUUACUGGGAGCAACUGGAGUGGCUGGAACGUCAGAAUCACUGCUGGCAACGAGGACUGCCAGAUGAGAUGAAAUGCCUUGAAGGUGCUCGGCUAAGUAAUGUGACAGACAAUUGGAGAGAGGCACUUCUGAAUGGAGAUGGGUCCCACAUUCCAAAUCAUGCUAGUUUUCCUGCACAGUUCACAGAGGGUCAGGAGGACAUCAUCGUCAUGCCACCAUCCCAGGGUGAGAAAGAUCGUACCCCCUGGCCUACUGAGCUGAUGGACCAUACGUAUGCCUAUUUGUACCCAAUUCCACUUCCCUCACCUGAGGAGCUCUCUUCUCCAUGUCAUUUUACACUGGAUCCUAACCUCUGGCCUACUGAACUGAUGGACCAUCCAUACGCCUGCCUGUACCAGGCUCCACUUCCCUCACCUGAGGAGGCCUCUUCUCUGUGUCCUGUUACAGUGGGAGAGCCAGACACCUCGCUGAUCACAGCAAUGGGCACUGAUGCACAAACAUCUGCCUCCACAGAAACAACCCACUCAUGAAACAACCAUAUAGAGCUUCGUGAUUGACAGUAGCCAUCUGUAAAGCAGCGAGGACGGUCAAAGGGAUCAUGUGCUUGGGGAACAUUUGAUAUUAAGAGGUAGCACACAGGAAGAACAUGGCAUACAGUGUCCAGUGGCAGUGCAACCAUGAAUGCUCUCGCUGAUUCCACAAUUGCUGGAAUGGAACAGCAUCCUCACUGUGCUCCUACUUUGGCACCUGGUUCAGUAAUGCCUCCUUUGAAUGAUUCUUACUCUAGUUCUCCAAUAUCAGCAGUACCUGGCCCCUCUCUGUCCCUAUAAUUUUCAGCCCCAUACUCUUCUGAGAAGAGCAACAAGGACUAUGAGGAUGCCUGAGGCACAGUGACACCAGGGUGGCGGUGAGGAGGGCGCCGAGGUGAGCGGGAGGCAAGAGGGAACCUGUUGUCAGCAACAAGAAGUAUUUUGAGCACGUCGGGAGGCAAACAGCCAUCAGAAUGUGAUGAAUGAAAUGUUUAAGCCCUUCCUGACCACCUCCCUCAGUGGUGUGGCCCUGGUUCCACUUUGCCUGUCAGUAGAGUGCCUUUCACAGCUGGACUGCAAGGCCAAAAAGGUGGAAGAUUCUCAAGAGACACAUUGAUGCAUCGCUUCAUGGUUUAUCAAGGACUCGUUGGAAAGUCAGGGUCGCCAGUGUCCAGCCCUCUUGCCCGUCGUUGGCCAGCUAUUCACGUCGCCCUCAAAGAAAUCUCGAAAUUGAAGAGUUUGAUAGCCAAGGCCAAGAUGGAACUGAUUGAUGCUAUCAGUUAUGUGUCAUCUUUCCAAUGUGUCUCGAUGGCAGCUUCAGGUUUAAAAUUUUGAAUACAAUAGACCAGUGUCUCGGGGAGCGAUGGAGGUUCUCGGACUGGGGGAGGGCGUCCGAAUCCUGAAGCCUGAUGCCCCAGGUGGGGCAGCUUCCUUCCUAACCAGGGCCACGGUUCCUCUCACCCCAGGAUGUUAAACCCACUGCCACUGCCCUUACUGGAGCGCAAAUCCAGUGACAUCUUUCUGCCUACUGGCCGGCUCCGCUCUUCUCCAUCACCGCUGCAACCUCCCCAGCCAACGAACACAACAACAAGGGUUUUAAACCUGAGCCUGCCAUUCCGACCAGCCUCUCCCACUGCCCAAUGUCUAACAACUGUUUACCUGGAGUAUGUCAUUACCAGGCCAGCAAUGCUCCGGAGUUUAUUUCCAUUUCUUCACUGAACAGGUGAGCAACGCCAUCUUUCUAAUUGGCAGCUGCCUGACCUAUCACUGGCAGUGACGUAUCACUUGCACAUGCAUUAAAGCUGAACACCAAGAUUGCUCUGUGCGUGCAUUGUGUUGGCAUCGGACGCAAUCCGGCAAUAAAGAUCUCUAACUGGGUUGAGUGGGGGGAUGAGAUUGUGUAUAGUUUUUGAUAGUUAUUAAUUUUAAAGUAAAGUGGGCUGUGGGGAAGAUCACCUGAUCUGAUGUACCCAGGCAUUUGAAGACAAAGUCUUGCAUUUAUAUAGCACCUUGCACAAGCACAGAACAUCCCAAAGUGCUUUACAGUCAACGAAGUACUUCUGAAGUCUCGUCACUGUUGUAAUGUCGGAAAUACCACAACCAAUUUACACACAGCAAGCUCCCACAAACAACAAUGUGAUAAUGAUCUGAUAAUCUGUUCUUUUGUAAUGUUGAUUGAGGGUAAAUAUUGGCAAGGAUGCCAGGAGGAUCUCCCCUGCUAUUCUUAACUAGUGCCGAGGGAUGUUUUGCAUUCACCUGAGAGGACAGAUGGGACCUUGGUUUAAUGACUCAUCCAAAAUAUGGCACCUCUGACAGAAGCAUUCCAUCUGGACUGCAAUGGAGUGUCAGUCUUAAAUUUUGCACUCAAGUUUUGGAGUGGAACUCACAGCUUAGUUUUUCAUGAAAGGCUAUUUUUGAGCAUGAGGUGGUGCAUAUUCAUAGUAGGAAUAAAGGGGCCUUGAAAAAUAAGUCUAAAUAAGGUAGAGGAGCAAAGGGAUCUAUGGGGUACAGAUUCACAGACCAUUAAAAAUUGCAACAAGGCUAUAAAAAUGCAAACAAAGCACUGGGUUUCAUUUCCAGAGGGAUAGUAUUUUUUAAAAAAGCAUCUUCCUUUGUGCUGAGUAUGACUCCAACCAGUGGAGAGUUUUUCCCCUAAUUCCAAUUGACUUCAAUUUUGCUAGGGUCUCUUUGUGUCAUACUCGGUCAAAUGCAGCCUUUCUGCCAAAGGCAGCCACUCUGACUGACUUCAGCUCUGGAAUUCAGCUCUUUGUACAUUUUUGACCAAGGCUGUAAUGAGGUCUGGAGCCAAGUGGCUCUGAUGGAACCCAUCAUUGAGCAGGCUAAUGCCACUGUCAAUGCCAUUUCCAUCAAUGUGUUCAGAUUAAGAGUCAACUGAUGGGGCAGUAAUUGAUCUGAUUGAAUUUGUGGACAGGACAUACCUGGGCAAUUUCCCACAUUGUUGGGUACAUGCCAAUGUAGUAGCUAUGCUGAAACAACUCGGCUAGGGGCACUGCUAGUUCUGGAGUACAAGUCUUCAGUACUAUUCUCAGGACAGACUCUCUUAGUUAAAAAUGGCAAGCUGAUAAACAUCUGUCAAAUAAUAACCAGGAUCUGAUAAAUUUAAAUAUGUGACUGUUUAAUUCAAAAAUUGCUAACAAACACACUGAAUAUUUGUGUUGAAACCAAGUAGGUUUGACCACUCCCCCUGAACACUUGUAUUUCAGACAAACCAACUAAUUAUGGUAACAGAAUAACCCCCUUGUGAACUGUGAAGAGGAUAAAUAGUGUAGAACUUCAAAGGGACAUGGACAAGUUGGUGGAAUGGACAGACAGGUGGCAGAUGACAUUCAAUGCAGAGAAAUGUGAGGCGAUUCGUUUUGGUAAGAAGAACAUGCAGAGACAAUAUAAGAUAAAGGGAUACAACUCUAAAGGGGCUGGAGAAGCAGAGGGGCCUGGAUGUAUAUGUGCAUAAUUCAUUGAAAGUGGCAGGAAAGGUUGAGAGAAUAGUUAAAAAAGCAUAUCGUGCUCUGAGCUUUAUUAAUUGGGGCAUAGUGCAAGAGCAGGGAAAUUUUGUUGAAUUUAUAUAAGUCACUAGCUCAGCCUGAGCUGGAAUAUUGCGUCCAGUUCAGGAUGCUGCACCUUAGGAAGGAUGUGAAGGCAUUAGAGAGAGUGCAGAAUAGGUUCACAAGAAUAAUUCCAGGGAUGAGGAACUUCAGUUAUGCAGAUAGAAAAAUCUUUUUUACACAGCGAGUGGUUAGGGUUUGGAAUGUACUGCCUGAGCAUGUGGUGGAGGCAGCUUCAACUGAAGCAUUCUAAAGGGAAUUAGACUGUAUUCUAAAAAGGAAGAAUGCAGUACUUGCAACUGGGGAGGGUGGUUAGGUUACGUUGUCUAAUAGAGUGAGCACUAUUAAACUUUGCAAUCCUUUGGCACCUUUGAGAGAGUGCUGCAUUGUUGACAGUUGCUGUCUUUCAGAUGAGGCACUAAGCCACAGAAAAAAGGUAAAUAAUCUAUCUUAUUUGCUGUUGCAUAAGAACAUAAAUCUGAGCAGGAGUUGACCAUACUGCCCAUCAAGCCAGCUCACUGUUCGAUAUGAUUAUGGCUGGUUUUCAGCUUCAACUCCACGUUCCUUCCCAAUCCCCAUAUGUCUUGAUUUCCUGAGACCAAAAAUCUGUCUAUCUCAACCUUGAAUAUACUACAUGAUGGAGCAUCCACAACCCUUUGGGUUAGAGAAUGCCAGUGAUUCACAACCCUUUGAUUGAAGAAAUGUCUCUUCAUUUCAGUCCUAAGUGAUCGGCCCCUUAUCCUGAGACUGUGCCUUCAUGUUCUGCAUUCCCCAGCCUUGGGAAACAAAGCCUGUGUCUACCCUGUCACGAUGUUUGGGGGUGAGUGUGGCAGGGGGUGCUGGAGACGGUGUCUUGCUGUCUGCUGCAUUGACCACACUUCAGAUGUCUUUGACUGUGUGAAAUGCUACAGAAUGUCAUGAGGUGAUGUGUACAUCCAAAUUCUUUAAUUUUUAAGUAAUAAAGUUCAUUGCAGUCUUUUUAAGUAAUGGGAGAUUUGUAUGAAGUGUGAUUUUAUGUAAAAUAUUUAUUUAAAAAAAAAUAAAAUGCCUUGUCCUUCAA